GCCCGGUCAGUCAGUGCGGUGAUACGCGGUAGGACGGUUGACGUUGACACAGUUACUUCAAUCGAUACGUAUCGUAAACUUAAAACAUCGCGGUUUUACAUUGUCUCAUUUUAGUUUCUUUGUUGCUGAGUUAGUGAUUUUUAAAUAAAAUGCCGCAGCAGACUCCUGAUUUUGGCCACGACGUGACCUCCAUCAGGGAAUGGCUGACCAAGGAGCCCCAUCUGCCUCAAGACUUCAGUGACCUGAUGAUCAGAAAAUUCCUGCACAGUUGCUACGGCAGUCUGGAACGCACCAAGAAAUGCAUCGACCGCUUCUGUACCACGCGGGGAGUCAUGAGCGAGAUAUACACUGACAGGGAUCCCUGCUCGAACAAGCUGAAGACCGCCUUCGAUAUCACGACCGUGGCAACCUUCAUGGCUGGUGACCAGGAGAUCCUCAUCCACCAGCUCGACGACCCGACGCUGGAGCAUUUCGUGUUUUAUGACCUCAUCAAGGCGUUCUCGCUGCAGGCGGACUACUGGCUCAACGAUCUUGAGAGUUAUCCAGAGGGACACGUCAUCAUCAUGGACAUUAAGGACUACAGCCUCAGAAUGCUGCCCAAAUGUAACAUAAUGUUCUUUAGGGAUUUUCUACUUUUUUUACUGGAAGCUAUGCCAGUCCGAGUGAAGUCCGUGAAUGUCAUCAAUUACCCGUCGUACUACGAGAAACUUUUCGCACUAGUCAAGCCCGUCCUGCCGGCGUACAUCAUUGAUGUUAUCAAGUUCCACCCGGACCAUAGCAGCUUGCACAAGAGCGUCAGCCAGCAGUACCUGCCGUCGGAGUACGGCGGCGAGGCGGGCAGCAUGCGGGCGCAACACUGCGACUUUGUCAAGAAGAUACAAGACAAUAGAGAUUAUUUCAAAAAUAAGAAUCUCUGGAAGGCUGACUUGAAGAAGAAACCAAAAGGAAUUGAGAGCGCAAUGACUGGAUCAUUCAAGACACUAUCUAUUGACUAGGCUUCAGACAUUUCUUUACUACAUAUAUAGGUAUAUAGGAGGACCCCUUAUGACCAUGAAAUAGGAUCAUAAUGCCCAAAGGCCAACAACAGUGAAACGGUGAAAUACCUACGUGUAACGCACAAAAAUAUAUAUUUUAACCGCCCAAAAGUUAACAUUAAAGAAUACAUUGUAUCAUUUAAAUAUUAUGAGGCUGGGCUAAUUAGUUCACUUGUACUAAAAUACUUAAAAUAAGCUUUACAAAGCAAUUAUGAAGUACCUAAGUACUGUGAAUUUGAUGCAACACGCGUUAGAAUAAAUAUUUUUUUUCCUUAAAUUGUUCUUUAUUUUUACGAGUCUGACUUGUAAUUAUAAUAAUUAUUAGGAUUAAUAAAAAACCGGCCAAGUGCGAGUCGGACUCGCGCACCAAGGGUUCCGUACUUUUUAGUAUUUGUUGUUAUAGCGGCAACAGAAAUACAUCAUCUGUGAAAAUUUCUACUGUCUAGCUACCACGGUUCAUGAGACAGCCUGGUGACAGAUAGACGGACAGACGGACAGCGGAGUCUUAGUAAUAGGGUCCCGUUUUACCCUUUGGGUACGGAACCCUAAAAAUAACUAGUGAUUCGGUGUUGUAUGUAUUAGUUAUUUGUGCUUAUAAAAGGAUUUUCUUGAUAAAUAGUUACAUUAUUACUGUUGUUUUUGUGAGUCACUACAUGGCCUAGCCUCUGGCCGUUACAUGGGGGCCUAGCUAAGAUGACAAACGUAAAUCGACAAACACCAAAAUGGUAACAAUAUUUGGCGACUGUAUCAAAACAAAAUGUAAUUAUAUUUUUGGUGUGUGAAAUUUGGCCUUUUUGAGGUUUGAUUAAUAACUGACAUUUCAUAGAUAUGGUUACUUAUAGGUCGUUGGUAAAGAAUUUGCGCGAUGAUUUUAUAGCUAAAGGGAGCUGCGUUUUGGGAUCAAAACUAGUCCUGACGACUGGGUAUCGAAAUUUGCUAGCAUAAAUUUAACUCUGUCAAGUUGACAACAAGUCAAAACUUGAUUGGGGCCUAUGUACUAUGUGUAGGACGCCGGUCGUCAGGAGGACAAAUUAUAUUACAUUUUUAUGCUUCAUGCGAUCAAGCCUUUUUCAACCAGCCCCUAGCUGCCCGUAAUAUUCUUACCAACCGCCUGCCUGUUAGUUAAACGGUAGAUCUAUAGUCAUUACAUUCCUUUUUUAGUUUAAAUAGUAUAUAAGUAGUUUCGAAUGUAUGCAACUCUCUUUUAAAGAUGAGGUUGAGGUUGGUUGUGAAUUUAUUUAUAAGGAAAAAUCAGCAGUUAACCCUGUGUAUCUCUGUAUUAAAUCAUUAAGAUGUCUCGUUAAUCAAAAUUGAAGUAUCUUUUUUUUAUUUUGUAGUAAUUCGUAGGCAGGCAAAAUAAAACUAAUCAAACGGAUGGGAUCAGAAGAAUCUAUUAAAAUUCAAAGCUGUUUUAUUUCCUUUGCUGCUCUAACAUCCAGUGCUCAAAAGAAACAUAACAGUAUUUUCGUAAAUAGGAGGUCAGCCACACCGAAUGAAUGUCCAAACGAGUUUUUUGGCCUCAAUCGGGUGACCUAGCGGCGUCGCAAUUCAAUAUAGUCACAGACCGCGUCCAUUAUAUUAUAAAUUAAUGAAUAAAAUAAAACAUCUUCUAAUAUAACGUGGGUAGACUGGAUAUUCUUGAAGCAGUAUAAGCUUAACCGAUUGUAUCCAGUCUGCUUGGGAGAAGACCCUAAGAAUGUCAUAAGAGAAAAUGUUAUACUUAGCAUUAAGCAUGACUUCGAUUCGAAUCAAACUUUUUUCUUUUUUUAAAGCUUUGUAAAAAUAGUACCAUCAAAAAGGCGUUUUCCGCUAAGUCGUGAUACUCGUGAUAAAAAAAAUCUGGAACUCAUCUAAUUAAUUAACAUCUAAAACAAUGUAGGUACCUAUAGGUACAAUAGACAAUUAGAAUCCUUCAGGUGCCCACGAGUACCUUGUACCUAAUAUCCAUUAAAAGUACAGAAUGAGUUUCUGAUGUUUUUAUGAUGAUGACGUUAAGGACUGUAAGCGUGUUUCACCAAUUGGACGUUUUAUUUAAUGAUAAUAAA